CAAAUGCAGGGUCCGAUGCUCGGCAAGUGGUUCGAUGCAGCUCAAGUGUCGUCAUUGGUGGCUGGCCCGUCAGCCCGUUAGUUGCUUUGGUCCGCCCUAGCAUAGCCAAAGAAAAUGACAUGGGAUCCCUAAAAAAUUAUGACAAUGUAAUAGUGUGGGCGGUCUACAGAAUUGGUCUCUGCUUUCUCCUCUUCUACUCCUUGAUCUUUUUCCCACACAGCCUCCGAUGCGUCAAGACGAAGUAAAUCAAUUUCGAAUUUCCCCCUUGUUUGGCCAAUUUUAUCUUGUUGUCUCUUGCACGUGUGCAUCUACAAGCCUUGGAAUGAUACCCCUGGAUUCAAGCAUAGCUUCCUUAUUAUCCUCAGUUCUUUGAUCCAACCCUUCAAAAUGCCACCGGCCAAGUCGAAAGCGAAUCAAAACCACGACGACUCAAAAUCGGAGACGGCAAGCGUCAAAGAUCGAAACGGUCAUGGACCAAACCAUCAUCAGUCGAAUGGAAAGAUCCGACGAGUUGCUAGUUCUACAGGUACACAACGAGACGUAGCGACCGUUAACGGCAACUCGUCAACUACAUCGGCGCCCGGGAAUCAAGCAGUCCACGCCCCAGGAUUGCAAUGGCCGUCCUUUGAUCGAGACAUCCUACACGAUUACCGUCGCAAAUACCUCCUCCCCACCCCGACAGCUUUUGCCAACCCCUACCACCACUGGGUACUUUCGCGACCGGGCAUCGGCUUACGUUCGCCCACAAUGGCAAGAAAACAAGAGUACCGACGCCAGAGUAAAGAAGACCUUACGAAGGCCGUCAGAAAACAUUUCAAUGCGCUCGGUGUACAAGAGACGGAAGUCAUUGUUGACUUCGUCCACAAGGUCAGAAAUCCUGGCGUUGUAAAAAUAAGGAGGAAUAAGGAUGCACCACACUCGUCUCCGUUACCAUGAGACGUACACAACACAUAUAUACCCCCAGAAAGCAGGAACACUUGCAUACAUCGCUACACUGCUUCAAAUGCAUUAUUGUCAUCAUGAUUAUUAUUAUCAUGUUAUUAGACCCGUUUUCGAGUUCUUGCAUACCCUAUGGCUUUUUCGCAUUUUUGCAUUAUCCUGGAGUUUUAGCGUUGGGUGGGACUCGAUCGCGGAGGAACAAGGGCCGACGAUUUAUCAUGAAUGGGUAUUGUACAUACAGGCAUGCUGGAUUUUUACAGCGACUAGGUACAUAUGUUUUUCUAUUGAAUGGGAAUUUCAGCUCCUCAGUUUAUAACAAUAUAGAUAUCAUCCUUUUUUGACGAUUUCCUUAUCGUUAAACAAAUCUCAUUUAAUAUUAUUUUUUUAGUUGACCU